AUGCAUUCGACCGCUCUCGCGAGCCUCGCGGGCGUCCGCCCCGUCGCGGUGCUCCCCGCGCGCGGGAUCCGCGCCCCCCGGGCGUCAGACGCACGCGGCGGCAGGACCCGCCGCGUCGUCGCGAUGAUCUCGACGCGCCGAACCGCGGUGUGCGUCCCCUCCGCGCGCCGGAGGCGAGACGCGCCGUCGCGCCCCCUCGCGGCGUCCGGCGCGGACGGCGCCGACGUGGACGACGACGUCGACGCGCUCGCGACCAGGCUCGAGAGCCUCAAGGCCAAGUCGAGAUCGAUGCUCGACGAGGCGUCGCAGCUCGAGGCGGGCAUCGACGCGUCCGAGAACGACGAGGUCAUCUCCGAGUCCACGCGCUUUAAGCGCGCGCCCAAGUCGUCCCCCGGCCUACCCACCGGCAAGAUGGGCGUCUCCACCGCGGACGCCGUCGCCGACCAGGCAACUGGGUCUGGUUGGUCGAAAUCCCCCCAGUCGCAGUCGCAGUCGCAGCCGCCGCAGCCGCCUACGACCAACGCGCUCCUCGCCGGCGUCAUCGCGAUCGGCGGGCUCGCCGCGGCGGGCGCCGCGUCCGCCGCGGGCGUCGCCGCGGGCUCCGAGCCCGUCCUCGCCGUCGCCGGCGCCGCCGCCGGCUUCGCGCUCUUGAAAGCGGGCCAGUUCAUCGGCUCCAACCUCAAGGAGAAGGCGGUUCCCUCGCUCGGUCAGCAGGAGGGCAAGGCCAAGGCGAAGGAGGGCGCCGCGAGCAAGGCCGGCGGCGGCGGGUACGUCGCCCCCAAGCAGGCGGCCGCGGCGACGAAGAUCGACGAGAAGAAGGCCGCCGCGAGAGCCGCCGCCGCGUCGAAGGAUGCCGACGCCAUCCUCGCGGCGUCCUCCUUCGUGAGCUCGUCGGACCUGGACAAGGAACGGCUCAGGCGCGCGCUCCGGACGAUCGCGUCCACGCAGAAGUCCACGGUCACCGCGGCGGCGAUUGGGGCGGCGAAGGUGCCCGCCGGAUACGUGAACAACGAGCAGGAGAGGAAGAUUUACGAGAUCAAGCAGCGCUCGAAGCAGCUCCUGCCCCUGAACGAGUUCAUGGCGAAGUACGGGCCGUCCGACGAGGCGUACGGCAAGGCGCGGAAAGAGGCGAAGGAGCUGCUCGCGCCCGGGAACGUGACGUGGAAGCCGCGGGACACGUGGCUGAAGGUGAUCCUCUGGGACUGCAUCUGCUACCCGCUGCAGGUGCCGUUCCUCUUCCUCGCGUGGUUGCUGGGGUUCUCGUGGGGGGAAAAUCCGCCGCCGCCCAAGUCCGCGUGA